GCAGUGGGCAAGUAUAUAAUACAGGGCUGAUAUUAUUAUUAUAUUAUAUAUAUAAAAAUGCAAUUUUUUCUACAUCUUAGUUUGAAGAAAAACGUGUAUUAAUGCUAAAUUCUGCAUGCAUUCAAAAAAGGCAUAUAUCGGAUAAAUUAGAAUUCUUUAAAUGCUGUUAAUUAAUACAGAAUAGAAUUAGACUACAUUCAUAUAAGCGAUACGUGUUUCGUCGCAUAGAUGAGUGUAUUUACCGUUUUUGGCCAACACUCAGACAUAUAGACCCACUUUACUAUACCUACUUCAUAAGUGGGUCUGUAGGUCCGAAAGAAAUAAUAGAACUACUGUUGUUAUUAGAUUUUAUAUACCUUUACAUUGCUUUCUACUUUAUUGCUUCUACUUGAACACGAAACUAUUUAUUACGGUAUAGAUAUUUAUCAGAGAUGCUACUAGACUCGCAACUUUAACUCAGAACAAAAACACAAAAAAGGUGAAUCAAUACUGAUUACAGGCUAAUCCAAAAUGAACGAUAACUAACUUUAAAAUAACAAUACUGUUUGAAAUUGUUAAACAAAAUAAUGAAAGCAUUAAAACAAAAGUUUUUAGUUAUAUUUAUACAACAAAAGUAAAUAUAGCAAAUUAUAUAAAAUCCAUUACGUGAACUGCUCAAAGUUGAACUUAUGUCAUCCCUUAAGUUCAUCGACUCAAACAAGUUUGGCUGCAUCUGAUUUAAAAACCACGGUAAAAGGACCAAAACAAAUUGCAUUUUAUUCUACCGGCAUGCUGCUUUCUUUAUUUCCGGAGCGGGCACGUUUUGUAUGCGGCCCGUUACAUCGACCUCGGGGCCGGUUCGAGAAAUGUUUGCACCCCACUGUGGAGCCGAGAUACCGCCAUACCAUCGGUGGCAGCCGAUCUUGAAGGUGCUUUCUUCUAAUUAAACCCAACAAUGAAGACUUGGUUGUUGUGUCUCGUGCUGACGGUGGUGGUGUCACGCUCCACGCAGCAGAACUAUCCUCGGAAUGAGAAUAUUAACAUAAAUGCCAUCCUGCAAAACGAUAGAAUCCUACUGGGUUACUACAAAUGCGUUAUGGACAAAGGCCCCUGCACUAAGGAUGGGAAGGUGUUUAAACGUGCAUUACCAGAAGCAUUGCCCACUGCCUGUGCCCGAUGCUCGCAAAAACAAAAGGCAGUGUUUCGUACAUUACUAUUGGCCAUUAGAGCGAAGAGUGAACCCCGCUUUAUGGAACUACUUGAUAAAUACGAUCCAAGCCGUGCCAACAGAGACACACUUUAUAAAUUCUUAGCCACUGGAGUUUAAAUAAAAAGAAGAAAUGUCAAACAAGAAUUUGAAUAAAACAUUUGAUCAAGCAAUUGCUACAAUUGACCAAGAAACGGUGUCAUAGUGUCCAAGACUUAAUAAUGCAUUUAUAAGUUAUUUAUAAGUUGGUUAAUUUAUGUAUAGAAAUAAAACAUUUAAUACGUAAA